ACCACCUUUCUCCACCACAAAAUCUCAAUCUCCAAAAUCUUAAUCUUCAAGAUCUGUGUUCUUGUGUGUUAUGGCUUCUCAAUCGUAUUCGUAUCAUCCAUAUCCAUCUCUUUCUUAUGAAUCGAUACAGACCUUUUACGAUACCGAUGGGGAUUUUCCGGGACCUAGAUGCGGCCAUACUCUCACGGCGGUUUUUGCCAACAAUUCCCAUCAGCUUAUCCUCUUCGGCGGCAGUACUACUGCCGUCACCACCCAUGACUCCUCCUUACCCGAGAUCAGUUUAGAAGGCGUCACCAAUUCGGUGCAUUCUUUUGAUGUUUUGACCAGGAAGUGGACACGGCUUAAUCCGGAUGGUGACGUUCCGUCUCCCAGGGCUUGUCAUGCUGCCGCUUUAUAUGGUACCUUGCUCCUUAUUCAGGGUGGGAUUGGUCCAUCGGGGCCUUGUGAUGGAGAUGUCUACAUGCUUGACAUUACUAAUAACAAGUGGCUUAAGUUGCUGGUUGGAGGGGAGGCUCCAAGCCCUCGCUAUGGCCAUGUUAUGGAUAUAGCUGCUCAGAGAUGGCUUGUCAUAUUCAGCGGGAAUAAUGGAAAUGAAAUUCUUGCUGAUACAUGGGCACUGGACACGCGUGGAUCAUUUACGUGGGACAGAUUGAACCCAUCUGGCAAUCAGCCAAGUGGGAGAAUGUAUGCUUCUGGUACUUCUCGAGAAGAUGGUAUUUUUUUGCUCUGCGGUGGAAUAGAUCACUCAGGAGUGACACUGGGAGAUACCUACGGGCUGAAAAUGGAUAGCGUUAGUCAGUGUGCUUGGAGUCCUGUUCCAGGUGUAGCUCCUUCACCGAGAUAUCAACAUACUGCGGUUUUUGGAGGUCCAAAAAUGCAUGUCACUGGGGGUGUACUGAAUAGGGCUCGCCUAAUCUAUGGUGAAGCUGUUGCUGCUGUGCUUGAUACUGAGACUGGUGAAUGGUUAGAUGCCGAUAGACCAGAGACCUCUACGAGUGGCGCAUAUAGACAAAUUCAAUAUCAACUUAUGCGACGUUAUCACCAUGCUGAUGCAUCCUUUGGUACCCACAUGUAUGUGCAUGGCGGAAUUAGAGAAGAUGUACUGCUUGACGAUUUGCUAGUGGCUGAAACAUCCCAGUCUUCAAGUCCUGAACCAGAAGAAGAUAAUCCUGAAAAUUAUAUGUUGCUCGACGAUUUUCUAAUGGAUGAACCUAAGCCUUUAGGUUCUGAACCAGAAGCGCCAUCCUUUAUAAGAAGAAGCUUAAGUGAAAGUGCGAUGGAGAGAUUGGCAGAGGAAUAUAACUUACCAACUAUAGAAAAUGCUUUUUAUGAUAGUGAAAUUGAAGGAUAUAUUCCACUUCAACCGGGAGCUGAGACGGUUGAAAAUCAAGGUGGCUUGGUGAGAACUGUAAGCUUGGAUCGAUUUGCGAAUGAGAGCCAGCAGACUAAUAGUUUAAUGCCACAGUUCACCGGACAGAAUUCUACUCAAGACUUGCAUAAAAAGGUCAUUUCGACUCUGUUGAGACCUAAAACCUGGACGCCUCCUGCCAACAGAGAGUUUUUCUUGAGUUAUUUAGAAGUCAAGUAUUUGUGCGAUGAGGUGGAGAAAAUAUUUAAGCAUGAACCAACACUUCUUCAGCUCAAAGUUCCUAUCAAAGUCUUCGGCGAUAUCCAUGGACAAUACGGGGAUUUGAUGCGUUUAUUUCAUGAAUAUGGAUAUCCUUCAGUGGAAGGAGAUAUCACGCAUAUAGACUAUUUGUUUUUGGGAGAUUAUGUUGACCGAGGACGACACAGCUUGGAGACCAUCAUGUUGCUGUUUGCUUUGAAGAUUGAAUAUCCGAAGAACAUCCACUUGAUUCGUGGAAACCAUGAGUCUCUUGCAAUGAAUAGAAUUUAUGGUUUUCUUAAAGAAUGCAAAGAAAGAAUGGGCGAGUCCGAUGGGUUCGAAGCAUGGUUAAAGAUUAAUAAAGUUUUUGAUAUUCUUCCGCUUGCUGCAAUUCUCGAAAAGAGAGUUUUGUGCGUACACGGCGGAAUUGGGAGAGCAGAUACGGUCGAACAAAUUGAAAAGAUCAAAAGGCCGGCGUUCCCGGACACUACUGAAUCAAUUGUCUUGAAAGACAUCUUAUGGUCAGAUCCUACGAGGAAUGACACUGUUUUGGGUAUAGUAGCAAAUCCCAGAGGAGAAGGUGUUGUCUCAUUCGGGCCUGAUGUAGUCAAGGCAUUUCUAGAAAGGAAUAGUCUGGAGAUGAUACUUAGAGCACACGAGUGUGUUAUUGACGGCUUUGAAAGAUUCGCUGAUGGACGGCUUAUAACAGUCUUUUCUGCUACAAACUACUGUGGAUUGGCCGAAAAUGCGGGAGCAAUAUUGGUAAUUGGUAGAGAUAUGGUCAUUUAUCCUAAGAUGAUUCAUCCUAAACCUCCUCCCAUCUCAUCUUCAGAAGAAGACUCUCCAGACAAAGCAGGGAUGCAGGAGCUGAACGUCGAGAAGCCGCCUACUCCAGCUCGAGGGGAGUCUAGUGAAUAAAGGCAGAGAUUUGGCAUAGAGAAGCUGCGGUUUAAGAGGUUCAUUUGCAAGCUGCACAAGUGUACUGGAGACUGAUCGAUCAUUGUUGUUGUCCAU